GAAAAAUUAAGGACAAAAAGAGUUGUUCAUUCGAAUUAUAAAAUUGGAGACCUUAAAAUGCUCAGCAAAAGUAACAAAAAAUGGUUGAAAAUCGCUCCGCGGCCGAGAGAUAAUUCUCAACAAAGGAAAAGUCGGAGAGUUGAACUGCUGUCAAGGAAAGGACUUUUACCUUCGAACAUCAAAGACGAUGAAUUGGCAUCAAUACAUUUUCAGCGGGAAUUUCGAUCACGGUUUGGGUCGAUGUGUCCUCGAUUCUUUACUGGAAGCCUCCAGAACGCUGUCAAUCAAGCCUGUGGAAAAGGUUUAGAUGAUGAACGAUUGCUGGCAAUUUAUCUUCACAAUGACGGAUCAUUGAAUUCUGAUCGAUUUUGCAUUCAGCAACUUUGCACUGAUGUCACGCUGGACAUUCUAGAUAAACGAUUUGUCACGUGGGCCUGGGAUGUGACAGAGGAGAGUAAUAAACAAAGAUUUUUAGGCAAAGCUUCGAACUACUUAGAUCGUGGUACAUUGUAUGACGUCACCCGAGCUCACAAGGACCGAUAUCCGAUGGUUUUGAUACUUCGAUGCAGAGAUAACAGAUGCCGAGUAGAAAAACGACUAGAGGGUAACACAAACACAGAAGAAUUUGUUGCAGCUUUGUCUGAACAAGUGGUAUUCGCAGAACAAGCGAGAAAAAUUGUCAAAGAGAAUGAUAAACAGAGAGCCAUACGGAAUAGCAUUCUAGAACAACAGAAAAAGGAAUUCGAAGAAUCUUUAAAAGCAGACCAAGAAAAAGCUAAAAAGCGACAAGAAGAAUCAAGAUUAAAGAAAAUGAACAAAGUGAACGCAAAUAAAUUAAGAGAACUCGAAAUAAAAGAACAAAGAAAACUAAAAGCGGAAUCUUCAAAAAUGAAAUCAUCUUUGAGAAAGGAGCCAAACCAUUCAAGAAAUGUAAGCUCUGCUGAGAUUGUUUGA